AUGCUCAAGUUCUCAGGUCUAUACCAGGAGGGCUGUUCAGACUUAUAUGUCACCUGUCAGGUUCUGUGUGAUGGAUUGCCUCUUGCACUGCCUGUGACUACUUCAUAUAAGGCCUUUACCAACAGGUGGAACUGGAAUGAGUGGAUAACACUGCCAGUUUUCUUUAGCGACCUGCCACGUAAUGCUAUCCUUGCUUUGACUAUCUAUGAUUGUGCUGGACCAGGGAAGGUCAUGAUUGUGGGCGGAACUACUAUAUCUCUCUUCGGAAAGCAUGGGAUGCUAAGACAGGGUAUGUUCGACUUGCGCGUUUGGCCAGGGGUGGAAGGGAGUGAGAAGACACCGGGUAAGGCUCCAGAUCGCGGAAAGGAACAGAUGCAGAAGUUGGCCAAAUUGGCCAAGAAGCACAGAAAUGGACAUAUGCCUAAGGUGGACUGGCUGGACAGACUGACGUUCAGAGAAAUCGAGAUGAUCAACGAAAAGGAGAAGCGUAGCUCCGACUAUAUGUAUCUCAUGAUUGAGUUCCCCACGGUGCAGAUAGACGGCAUCAAUCACGCGGUAGUGUACUACGAGCAAGACGGCGACGAGAUGUACCAGUUUAGGGCUCAAGCGGAGAUCGUUACAGUGCCAGACUAUGAAAUCUUGCAAGUAAGACAACCGAGAACCUGGUGGAAAGCAAGCAGCACCGGCUGGCACGGUGCGUGCGCGGCGCGUGGGGGCGCGAGGCUAAGCCCACGGCUGCCGAGCGUGACCAGCUCGCCGCGCUCGUGGCCGCGCCGCCACGCCGCCACCUCGCCGCAGACCAAUAGGACCUCCUGUGGAAGUUCCGGUGAGUGGGGGGAGGGCGAGGCUAAGCCCACGGCCGCCGAGCGCGACCAGCUUGCCGCGCUCGUGGUCGACCCGCCACGCCGCCCCCUCGCCGCACACGAACAGGACCUCCUGUGGAAGUUCCGCUUCUACCUCUCAUCGCACCGACGUGCGCUCACCAAGUUCUUGGAGUGCGUAAACUGGAACCGACCCGCGGAAGUGCGACAAGCAUUGGCGAUGAUGAAGCAAUGGGCACCAAUGGACGUGGAAGAUGCACUGGAACUCUUAACGCCCAAGUUCACACAUCAAGCAGUUAGAAGGUACGCCAUCUCACGGCUGAAACAAGCACCGGACGAGGAUUUACUACUCUACCUGUUGCAACUUGUACAAGCUCUGAAAUACGAAGACUUCAACGAAAUUCAUAAUGAAUAUGCGCGUGUUUGCGGAAAGGACGCGCCGAUAUUUUCUGACUCCGAAGGGAAGCUGAUGCAGAGCACGCACAGAGGCAGCCAGGCUAGCUUACUGUCCGCAUCAGUACUCACAAAUAGUGAAAUGACAGCGUCGAUAACAAGUAGACAGUCGAUAGAAACCACUACUGAAGAGACACCAGCGACCCACGAAGAUGCCUUCAAUACGGUGGAGGAGGCGAGCGAGGAAAGCUUGACUCUGGCUGGGUUCCUGAUCGAGCGGGCCUGCAACAACAGCGUGGUGGCCAACUACCUGUACUGGUACCUGCUCAUCGAGUGCGAGGACACGGACGCUCCCCGCCAGCCUCCAAGGCACAUGUACCUCAGCGUCAUGAAGACUUUCUCGCAGAAGCUGGCCAAAGGCAAUGCAGACCACCAACGAACUCGUUCUUUCCUGGCCAGACAACAGGUGUUCAUCGACAAACUAGUGAAGCUAGUUAAAACGGUCGCACGUGAGAGCGGAAACCGUAACAAGAAGGCCGAGCGUCUGCAACAACUGCUGGCCGAUCCGGACGCGUUCAAAUUCAACUUCAUGAAUUUCGAACCGAUGCCCUUCCCUCUGGAUCCCAACGUGACCAUUAAAGGCAUUGUCGCCAAGAAGGCAAGCCUGUUCAAGUCGGCUUUGAUGCCGUCGAAAUUAACCUUCCUGACCACUGAGGGCAUGGAGUAUGAGGCGAUAUUCAAACAUGGCGACGAUUUAAGACAGGACCAAUUGAUAUUGCAGAUGAUCACGCUGAUGGAUAAACUGUUGCGGAGAGAGAACCUGGAUCUGAAGUUGACUCCGUACAAGGUGCUGGCGACGAGCUCGCGGCACGGCUUCCUGCAGUUCAUCGAGUCGGUGACAGUAGCUGAGGCGCUAGCUGCAGAAGGCAGCAUCCAGAGCUUUUUGCGUCGCCACAAUGCGGCCGAAGGAGCGCCAUACGGCAUCCGCCCCGAAGCGAUGGACACUUACGUGCGGAGCUGCGCCGGCUACUGCGUCAUCACCUACCUGCUCGGCGUUGGUGACCGUCACCUGGACAAUCUGCUGCUUCGUCGUUGUGGCGCGUUGUUCCACAUCGACUUCGGCUAUAUCCUCGGCCGUGAUCCCAAGCCGUUGCCGCCGCCCAUGAAGCUCAGUCGCGAGAUGGUGGAAGCCAUGGGUGGAAUUCACUCGGAACACUUCCACGAGUUCCGCAAGCUCUGCUACACCGCCUUCCUCCACUUGCGCAGGCACGCCAAUCUAAUGCUAAACCUAUUCUCCCUGAUGGUGGAUGCCUCAGUGCCAGAUAUUGCACUAGAACCAGACAAAGCUGUCAAAAAGGUGCAGGAUAAACUGCGAUUGGACCUGGGAGAUGAGGAAGCAGUUCAUUACUUCCAGAACCUACUGGAUAUGUCGGUGACUGCUGUGAUGGCCGUGCUGGUGGAACAGUUUCACAAGUUUGCCCAAUAUUGGCGCAAAUAA